GCCGCGGAGAAGAAACUACAAAAUGGCGUCUUACUGCGUGACUGUAACCAGACUCCGGCUGGCUCUCGGAACCGGGGCGAGGCGGUUUCAUGUCGCCGCCGUCGUCAGCGCCAGGGCCGGGGCGGCCAUGAGCCGCUUUGAGCCCGGCUCCAGCAUCGGUUACGGGAAGAUGCACGAGAACAUCGGCAUCGUGCGCAGGAGGCUCGGCAGGCCUCUGACUCUGUCCGAGAAGAUCGUCUACGGCCACCUGGAUGAUCCGGCGGGGCAGGAGAUCGCCCGCGGCCGCACCUACCUGCGCCUGCGUCCGGACCGCGUGGCCAUGCAGGACGCCACGGCCCAGAUGGCCAUGCUGCAGUUCAUCAGCAGCGGCCUGCCUAAGGUGGCCGUGCCCUCUACCAUCCACUGCGACCACCUGAUCGAAGCUCAGAUCGGAGGAGCUCAGGACCUGCAGAGGGCAAAGGAAGUAAAUCAGGAAGUGUACAACUUCCUUGCAACCUCUGCUGCUAAAUAUGGAGUCGGCUUCUGGAAACCAGGUUCAGGGAUCAUCCAUCAGAUCAUCCUGGAAAAUUACGCCUAUCCGGGGGUAAUGCUCAUCGGAACCGACUCCCACACGCCCAACGGCGGCGGCCUCGGCGGCAUCUGCAUCGGAGUGGGCGGAGCCGACGCCGUCGACGUCAUGGCUGGAAUCCCGUGGGAGCUCAAGUGUCCCAACGUGAUCGGAGUGAGACUGACCGGGACGCUGUCUGGUUGGACUUCCCCAAAGGACGUCAUCCUGAAGGUUGCCGGCAUUCUGACCGUGAAAGGCGGCACGGGGGCCAUUGUGGAGUAUCACGGACCAGGAGUUGACUCCAUUUCCUGCACCGGAAUGGCCACUAUCUGCAACAUGGGCGCUGAGAUUGGAGCCACCACCUCGGUUUUCCCCUACAACCACCGCAUGAAGACGUACCUGCAGAAAACCGGCCGCCAAGAAAUCGCCUCAGCUGCCGAUGAGUUCAGAGACGACCUCGUUCCCGAUGAGGGCUGUGAAUACGACCAAGUCAUCGAGAUCAACCUCAGUGAGCUGAAGCCUCACAUCAACGGGCCGUUCACCCCCGACUUGGCCCAUCCCGUGUCUGAGAUCGGAGCCAUCGCUAAGAAAAGCGGCUGGCCCCUGGAGGUUAAAGUCGGUCUGAUCGGCAGCUGCACCAACUCCAGCUACGAAGACAUGGGCAGAGCGGCCUCUCUGGCCAAGCAGGCUCUGGACAAAGGCCUGAAGUGUAAGGCCCAGUUCACGGUCACGCCGGGCUCGGAGCAGAUCCGCGCCACCAUAGAGCGAGAUGGAUAUGCUAAGAUUUUGAGCGAUGUUGGAGGAGUCGUUCUGGCGAACGCUUGCGGUCCGUGCAUCGGCCAGUGGGACAGGAGAGACGUUAAGAAAGGAGAGAAGAACACCAUAGUGACGUCUUUCAACAGGAACUUCACUGCCAGGAAUGAUGCUAACCCGGCGACUCACGCUUUUGUGACUUCACCUGAAAUCGUCACAGCUCUGGCUCUGGCCGGGACCCUCAGCUUCAACCCGGAGACCGACUACCUGAUCGCCCCCAGUGGGGAGAAAUUCAAGCUGGAGCCUCCCACAGGCGACGAGCUCCCGUCCAGAGACUUCGACCCGGGCCAGGACACGUACCAGCACCCCCCUGCUGAGAGCGCCUCGGUCCAGGUAGACGUGAGCCCCUCCAGCACACGUCUGCAGCUGUUGGAGCCUUUCGACAAGUGGAACGGGAGAGAUCUGGAGGACAUGAGGGUCCUCAUCAAGGUUAAGGGAAAAUGCACCACCGACCACAUCAGCGCCGCCGGGCCCUGGCUGAAGUUCCGCGGCCACCUGGACAACAUCUCCAACAACCUGCUGAUCGGCGCCGUCAACAUGGAGAACGACGCCAUCAACAAGGUGAAGAACCAGCUGACCGGGGAGUACGGCGGCGUCCCAGACGUGGCUCGCUUCUACAAGGCCAACGGCGUGAACUGGGUGGUGGUGGGAGAUGAGAACUACGGGGAGGGAUCCAGCCGAGAGCACGCCGCCCUGGAGCCUCGGCACCUGGGGGGACGCGCCAUCAUCGUCAAGAGCUUUGCCAGAAUCCACGAGACCAAUCUGAAGAAGCAAGGCCUGCUGCCUCUGACUUUCUCCAACCCCGACGACUACGACAGAAUCCGCCCGGACGACAAGAUUUCAAUCACCGCCCUCAAGUCCUUCGCUCCCGGGAAGCCGCUGACGGCCGUGAUCAAGCACUGCGACGGAAGCCAGGAGUCCAUCUCCCUGAGCCACACCUUCAACGAGACGCAGAUCGAGUGGUUCAAGGCCGGCUCGGCUCUCAACAGGAUGAAGGAGCUGCAGUAGCUGCCGGGAGGAGAGAAACGGCGGAGGGCGACCAGACAGGAAACCGACUCGUGUUUAGUCGUUUUCACUCCCAGGAUGCAACACACAUGCAUUAAAAAGGUCGCUGUACCGACAGAAAGCGCACACCGAUGACUUAGCACUUAGCUUCUUAAAACCCUCUUUGUUCACAAGUUGAGUUGCACAGAUUUAGUCAAAAUAUUUGAAAUAUAUAUAUAUAUUUAACUUUUGUUGCACUAGAAUCUCUUCGAUAUCUGAAACAUUCCAAUUACAAUGAAUCAUGUGAGCAUUUAAUGCUUCUUAUUAGUGUGUCUAGGCUUGAUUUAAACUCUGAUGUAAUCAAAUGGGACCAUGAAUUUUAAUUUAAAAACACGAUGCUUUGUAACCUCUUACAACUCAACCCGUUCCAGAAUUAUUCUUGUUUUUCCGACGUACCUCGUUUUAAAUGUUUUUCUGUAGAAACCGACCGAUAAGCUGAUCAUUUUCUGAUUUUAUUGUUUUUGUCGACCCUUUACUGUGAAGGUUUAAGGCGAUCCCAGAUCGGUCGUCCUUUCUGACAUCGUUACUGACUUGAACAAAAGAACAAAAUUUACUGUACUGCUCACUAUUAUGAUGUUGCAUCUUUGUUAAAAAUUUACUGAUAAACCAAUCAUUCGUCUGUGCCGUCAGCUACAGCUCACUCUUUUCUCAAUUUAUUUAUUUUUCUUUUACGCAAAAGAAAAAAUUUUCAUCGGCACGCAUCACGUCGGUGUCCACACACUCACCGCAGCCGUUCCCAUCAUGCAUCCUUACGCAGCGCCUUGCAAAAGUAUUCAUAACACCUCAACUUUUUUACUUGUUCUGACUUCACAGCCACAAAAUUCAGUUUAUUGAAACGUCUGCUUGCUGCUGUACCGACUGUUUCCCCUCACUGUGGCUGUGAUGAGAUUAUGUUCAUUGUGUUAGUCUUUAAAAUGAAUGUUGUUCCACUUUCACGGUUCUCCAUGAUGGGAACGUUGUUCUGUCUAACGCACAAUCUAUUUAUCGGGUGCCUGUUCUCUCUUGAAUUUCAUCCACUGCCAGUAGAAAGUCUGAAAAAAGACUUGAUGGAGACAGCGAAUUGUUACCUCGAUGUUUAACCAAAUAUCUUUUUUUUUUACAUUUAUGAUUGAUGAUGAAGAAAUAUUUAAAAUAUAGUCCCUGAAGAUUUUCAAUUAAUAUCAUAAUUUAUUUUCUUUAUUCUUAGAGCUGCUUUCUGCAGUUUGAUGCACGAACAUCAGGGUGAUCCUCGCUUAAAUUUCAGGGGAAAUCUGUAAAUUCACAACAGACAAAUGUUGGAACUGAUUUAAUUCGAGUUUCAACCCUAAUUUGGUGAGGGUGAGUAUUGAUAUUCUGACUAAAUAACUCCUUGAAUGCUUAAAUAACUAACUUGUAAUGUGUCAUCAUACAUUUUCUUAUAAAAUUUAUUUUACUGGUUGAAAUGAUUUACCAGGUUUAAUUUUCCAGUCUGUUCAGUCAUCGAAAAGUUGUUCUUUUUAAAUGCAUAUGACUCUUAUCACCCAGCUUUAUUUACCCUCUGAAUAUUGUGGAACACUAGUCUUUAACAGUGAGACGAGACAAGGCUUCGCUGUUGUUUGGUGUGAGACAAUUAAUCAAAAUGGCGGGCCCACACGAUGGCAUUACCUCCUGGUUGAACUCGGGUGUAAUCUGACCAACCUCCUACUGUCAAAAUGUCUUCUGAACGCGUCUUUUAAUAUGGAAGGACUCGCUUUCGCAGUCCCGAUUGUCAUCAGUUGAUUAUUUUGUAAUAUUAAUCUGCUGUUUUGUAGUUGAAAUAUAGUGACAUUUACAAAUAUGAAUAAUAAAGAAGAUGUGGAAUUAC